AUGGCUCCCCCUGUACGCUGCUACUGCAAAGUUACAAAGUGCAACGGCAUUCUUGUUCCACCUCACGUUUUUCGCUCGCAUGAGCGCUCUGACUUACGCCAACGAACUCUUGCUGAUCAGGCCAACUUUGCCUGGCGUGUCGGGCAACGCAUCAUCUCACAGGGUGAUGCAGAUAUUGAGCCAGUUCCUCGAGGAUUUUCAGUUCCGUUACAUGAACCUCCCCCUCCCUUGUCUCCGGAGUUUCGUGACCCUUUGGAGGAUGUUGUAUUGGAUUACGGGGCACUUACAGAUGUAGAUUUGGUAUUUCCCGAGGCUCUUAUUGCCGCUGUUGACCACUUUGACGCGUAUAACAAUGCGACAGCUGGAGAAGACCACACGGAUCUUUCACACCUCCCUCACCAUCUGCUAGUAAUAUACGCACUUGUCUCGUGGCUUCACCUUCAGUUUCACCUUCCACAAGUUGCAUGCAAUGCACUCCUUGCGAUACUGGCUUGCAUUUUACUCUCGAUUGCACCCGCCAUCGACACUCCUUUUAUAACGCUUCAAUCCAGCAAUCGGGUACUUGGUGUGGACAAGACUAUCUACACUCUUCCUGUUUGCGCUUCUUGCCACGAAGUUUUCCCUCCUGCUGGUUCAGUGCAUACCGUGGAUACCUGUCUGAUCUGCCUCGAUGAUCUUUUCCUGUCAGAACACACUCUGCGGGGUAACCAACGAGCAGUCAGGUCCCCGAUACCUGGCUUAGAAGCACUACUGGAUGGCUCGCCUUGA